AUAUGAAUAAGAGGAAGAAGAGAAGAAGAAGAAGCUAUAUAUGCUAAGGUAAGCUUCUCUGCAAUCUCUCAUCUCUCUCUCCCAUUUACACUUCAAAAAUCGAGAGAUCGAGAGAGAGAGAGAGAGAGAGAGAGGGAGAAAGUCUAGUCUCUCUCCGUCGCCGGAAAAUCCUCUCAACAGGAAUUCACGGAGACCACUCGAAUCGAAAAACUCCAAAAUCGAGCUCCAGAAAUAGAAGGAGGAUAACUCGAAUCAAGGGUGUUGUUAAUUUUCUACAGAGAGGAUUCUAUUUAUCUCUUUUGAUUUAGUCCAAAGACGAUGAAGUAUAAGGAUGAGAAGUACGAGAAAGCUGAGAAAGGUUCAUUGAAGGUCUUGCCCAAGACUGUGUUACUGAUUCUGCUAUGUGGGCUUUCAUUCUACCUCGGUGGACUUUAUUAUGGGAAGAACAAACUCCAAGUUAACAAUGUUGCAAAAGCUGGAUCUUCCUUGGACGUUGACAACUCUCCUCAAGUCAAAUCCGUUUCUUUCUCGGAGUGUAGCAGUGACUACCAAGAUUACACUCCCUGCACAGAUCCAAGGAAAUGGAAGAAGUAUGGUACUCACAGGCUUACCUUCAUGGAACGCCAUUGUCCUCCUGUGUUUGAUAGAAAGCAGUGUCUUGUUCCUCCUCCUAAUGGGUAUAAGCCACCGAUAAGAUGGCCUAAGAGCAAAAACGAAUGUUGGUACAGGAAUGUGCCAUAUGAUUGGAUCAACAAGCAGAAAUCUAACCAGCAUUGGCUAAAGAAAGAGGGUGAGAAGUUUAUUUUCCCUGGUGGAGGUACAAUGUUUCCAAAUGGAGUUAGCGCUUACGUCGAUUUGAUGCAAGAUUUGAUCCCUGAAAUGAAAGAUGGGACUAUAAGAACUGCCAUUGACACUGGUUGUGGGGUUGCAAGCUGGGGAGGAGACCUUUUGGACCGUGGUAUCCUCACAGUGUCACUAGCACCAAGAGACAACCAUGAAGCCCAAGUCCAGUUUGCUCUAGAACGUGGAAUUCCUGCGAUUCUCGGCAUCAUUUCAACUCAACGUCUCCCUUUCCCUUCAAACUCAUUCGAUAUGGCUCAUUGCUCAAGAUGCCUUAUUCCAUGGACUGAGUUUGGUGGGGUCUAUCUUCUGGAGAUUCACCGUAUUCUAAGACCUGGUGGCUUCUGGGUCUUGUCUGGUCCACCAGUCAACUACGAGAACCGUUGGAAAGGUUGGGACACGACCGUUGAAGAGCAGAGAUCAAACUACGAGAAGCUGCAGGAUCUGUUAUCAUCAAUGUGCUUCAAAUUGUAUGCCAAGAAAGACGAUAUCGCAGUGUGGCAAAAAUCUCCAGACAACAUGUGUUACAACAAAUUGUCCAACGACCCUGAUGCAUACCCGCCAAAAUGUGACGAUAGCCUGGAGCCAGACUCUGCUUGGUACACGCCGUUACGCCCUUGCGUUGUGGUUCCAAGCCCUAAGCUUAAGAAGACAGAUUUGGAAUCUACUCCCAAGUGGCCGGAGAGGUUGCACUCAACUCCUGAAAGGAUCUCUGAUGUUCCUGGAGGAAAUGGUGGCUUGUUUAAGCGAGACGAUAGCAAAUGGAAAACGAGGGCUAAGCAUUACAAGAAGCUGUUACCAGCUGUUGGCUCUGAUAAGAUCCGGAAUGUGAUGGAUAUGAACACUGCUUAUGGUGGUUUAGCUGCUGCUCUGGUCGAUGAUCCUCUGUGGGUUAUGAACGUUGUCUCUUCUUACGCUGCAAAUACACUUCCCGUUGUGUUUGAUCGUGGAUUGAUUGGAACUUACCACGACUGGUGUGAAGCUUUCUCGACAUAUCCGAGAACUUACGAUCUUCUUCACGUUGAUGGGCUGUUUACAUCUGAAAACCAAAGGUGUGAGAUGAAAUAUGUAAUGCUGGAAAUGGAUCGGAUCUUGCGUCCAAACGGGUAUGCGAUCAUACGAGAAUCAAGCUACUUCGCGGACACCAUUGCAUCAGUCGCUAAAGAACUGAGAUGGAGUUGCCGUAAGGAGAAAACAGAGUCGGAAUCAGAGAGUGAGAAGCUCUUGAUUUGCCAGAAGAAGCUUUGGUAUUCAUCUAACGCAACUUCAGAAACAAAAUAGAAAAAUGGACAUACAAAGCUUAAGCUAAAAGCUUUUGUUUUGUCUGGAGGCUUCUUGAGAACAAAGUCACAACAACAAUCAUAGGUUCUUUGUCUUUGCUUCAAAGCUAAGAAAGGUGUUUAAAGCAUUUUAUUAUCCCAGCAUAUUUUACCAACUUUCGAUUCUUUCUUAUAGUAUAUGCUUGGUGAGAAAUACAUUACCGAUUUUUUAUUUAAAUUGUAAUUUUAUUUUGAAUGGUUAAGUUCGAGAUUUCUCCAAUGUUAGGUAUAUUGAUUUGAGAUCUAGUUAUUGUUUUGUACGCUAA